AAAAUGGGAGAAAGUGGUCUCUUCCAGCCAAUGAGAAGUUAGCCCGGAACUGUCCUAACGCCUCUCAUAUUACAGCAGCAAGCAUGGGGAAGACUGGGACACCGGGUGGAAAGAUCAACAGACCCAAAACAGAGCUGGGCAAGAAGCUCUAUAAGCGGCGGAGGAAUCUGACCCGCGAGAAGAGGAGGAGACACAUCAAGGUGGGAGCUGUGGUUGACGAAGGACUCACCACCAUCCACCAUCUCAGGAAGAGAAACUCCAGCCCCAGAGCCAACAUCACUCUGUCUGGGAAGAAGAAACGCAAGCUGCUCAAACAGCUGCAACACAUGAAAGCAGAGAAGGCCGCUAUGGAAGUUGAGGCAGCACCAAAGAAGGCAGCAGCACCAAAGAAGGCAGCAGCACCAAAGGCAGCCAGACGCCAGAAAGGGGGUGUGUCCCAGGGGGAUGUGGACAUGGCAGAUAUGGAAUGAGAAGAGGAUGACCGACUGUUCUGUUGGCGCCAGACCAGGCUCCAUAUUCAGACCGGGCCCCAAGGCCAGACCAGGCUCCAUAUUCAGACCAGGCUCCAUAUUCAGACCGGGCUCCAUAUUCAGACCGGGCCCCAUAUAUAUGAAUAUGAUUUUAUGGACAGGGGGCUGAUCCUGGAUCAGUUUUAGCCUUUUAGACCUAAUGAAUAUGAUUACAUGGACAGGGGAGGCCUGAUCCUGGAUCAGUUUUAGCCUUUUAGACCUAAUGAAUAUGAUUACAUGGAUGGGGGAGGCCUGAUCCUGGAUCAGUUUUAGCCUUUUUGUCCUAAUGAAUAUGAUUACAUGGAUGGGGGAGGCCUGAUCCUGGAUCAGUUUUAGCCUUUUUGUCCUAAUGAAUAUGAUUACAUGGAUGGGGGAGACCUGAGCCAGAGAGCCUUGUUUGUGUAUCUGAAUGCCGUCAUUGUAAAUAAGAAUUUGUUCUUAACUGACUUGCCUAGUUUAAAUAAAAUAAAAAACAGACCGAA